CCUCCUCUAGUAGUUUGUUUCAUACACCCACCGCCAUCGAUGUGUCUAUUUCGCUCGUGACCUGGCAACAUCCUCGUCAAUCUUUCCUGCUCUCUUUCCAGCUAUCUGUACUGCCUUCGACUGUCGCCAGCCCUAUUCAGGGCUGUUUCAUAUCUAACUGAUCCCUCCCUCGUGUGAGAUUAGUUGGAAGUGGCCUGGACACCUUCACACUGAACACCAAAGAUCCUAUAGCAAGCUCCGCUAUAGGAUCUUUGCUGAACACUUGCAGCCAAAUAACAUUCGUUCCCCGAGACUGCAGCGUGUGCAGUAGACACUCGCGGUACUGCAGGGCAAAGAUCCUAUAGCGCUCUGCUAUAGCAUCUUUGCUGCUGGGGGUCUGCAGUUGCGCCGAAGGGAAUUCGUUUUGAACCAGGAAGUGGCCGAGUUAAAAAUGGCUGCGGAAGACCAGGUCGAGAGUUUAACUGAGGAGGCAACAUGUCCCAUCUGCCUGGAUUUCUUCACCGAUCCGGUGUCACUGGAGUGUGGGCACAACUUCUGCCGCUCCUGUAUCACACAGAGUUGGGACACGGAGGGGAGAAACUCCUGCCCGGAAUGUAGAGAGAAGUUUACAGGCCGCAGCCUCAGGGUUAGUUGGGCCUUGGCGAGACUGUCUGAGAAAGCUCGAACACUGAGCCUGAAUCGGACAGAGAAGGAAAAUAAACUUCAGUGCGAGGAACAUCGGGAAGAACUGAAGCUGUUUUGUGAAACGGACAAGAAGCUGAUCUGUGUGAUUUGUCGUGAUGCGCGGGAACACAGAGAUCACAGCUUCAUGCCGGUUAAAGUAGCUGUUCAAAUAUACAAGGAUCAGGUGAAAUAUUCCCUCGAAUCUCUCACAAAAAAGAAAUCAGAGAUCCAGCAAAUGGAGCAGCAACAGAAACAGAAGAUUUUUGGAGUUCUGAAACAGUCACACAACCUUCAGUCCCAGACCAUAUCUCAUUUUGCAGAACAGCACCAGAUUCUCACUGAGAAAGAGCAGCGCGUACUGGCAGACAUCCGAGAGGAAGAGACGAAGAUUCUAAAUACAAUGGAGAAAAAUCUUGGAGAGAUUCAAAAGAAUUUAAAUUCCAUUCAGGAGGAACUCUUAAAGUUGCAACAACAGAUGGAUCAAAAAGACAGUGUGGUGUUUCUGAAGGAGGAAGGGGGUCGUAAGCGAAGGGUUCAUGAUGAAGCCAAACCACUGUCGGUGAUAGAUGAAGCCUUGCCGAUUGAAAAAUUUCAUAGCUUUGUUUCGUUUAAGACAACAUCCAAAGAAAUAUCUGAGGACUUCAAGCGAGUCUUCAUCACCCUGGAUGUGGAAACAGCGCAUCCGUGGCUCGAGGUGUCUGAGGAUCGGAAGAGGGUGAGAUGGACCCGGACCCAGAGGAGUCUCCCUGACACCGGGAAGAGGUUUACAGACUGGCCGUGUGUGCUGGGAACGGAGGGAUUCACAUCGGGGAGACAUUACUGGGAGGUGGAGGUGGCAGGGAGUCGGGACUGGGGUCUGGGAGUCGCCGCAGAGUCUGUGGAGAGGAAGAGACGGGUCACACUGACCCCGGAGACUGGAGUCUGGAGCAUCGGGCGGUGGGAUGACGAGUUUAAAGCACUCAUCUCCCCUCCAUCCCCUCUCCCCGCCCGUCCCAUCCCCGGGAGGGUGGGAGUUUAUCUCAGUUACCAGUCCGGGACAGUUUCAUUUUACGACGCGGACACCAAGUCCCAUCUGCACACCUUCACUGGGAAUAAAUUCACGGAGAAACUUUAUCCUUUCUUCUGGCCUUGGGAUGAAAACCAGUGGCUGAGAAUCUGCUCCAGUUGCACUCUUGGUUUGAAAAACGGUCGGGUCCCGGGACUGGCGUCAGGAGCGGGGCUCGGGCUGUGAGGCUGAAACCCGGUGGACAACAGGUUGGCGCUGAACGGCUCCCAUUUAAUCCCCAAAUUCCGCGAUGUGAAACCGAGUGAGCGCGGAAAUAAAACCAGGGGGAAUGUAAAUGUGGGAAGAGUGAAAUAAACAGCAACUGAAAUCAGAGCAGUCUGUCGAUCCGUUCAUUUUAACGCGUUAACCGCGUCCGGCAACGGAACAGAAAUUACUUUUGUGAAAAUAUAAAGAUUGAAACUAGAUUGGUUUAUGAAUGCAACCAAUCAUAUAUAUCUCAGCAUCACUAAUCCCGCCUUACUGUAUCAUUUAUACUAACACCCACAUCUCCCGCUACGCAGUUCAGUAACAGGCUGGAGUCAGUGACUACUGAUAUGUUGUUAAGUCUGAAUGUAUAUUAAAGACUAUCUUAAAGUUA